CAAUUCUCAAUUCUGAGUUCUGAAUUCUGAAUUCUCAAUCACAAAAAAGAAAUUCUACUUUUCGGAUUGUUGCUAUGAAUACCCAAUUACAAAGAGGGAGUUUUUUUUUGGUGGUUGUCGUUUCAAUUAUGAUGUUAUGGAAACGGGUCGAAUCCAUCCGUUUCGAUCUGGAAUCGGGUCACACCAAAUGCAUAUCGGAGGAUAUCAACACCAAUUCAAUGACAGUCGGUAAUUACAAAAUCGUUAAUCAUAACGAAGGACACCCUUUACCCGAUUCGCAUCAAGUCACUGUCCGGGUGACGUCAGCAUAUGGUAAUAACUAUCACUCUGCAGACAAUGUGAAAGAGGGGCAUUUUGGAUUUCAAGCAGUGGAAGCAGGUGAUUACAUGGCCUGCUUUUUUGCUACUGCUACCAAACCUUCUACUACCAUGACCGUUGACUUUGUCUGGAAGUCCGGCGUGGCAGCCAAGGAUUGGUCCAAUGUUGCCAAGAAAGAUUCUGUUCAUCUAAUGGAAAUCGAAUUGAAGAAGAUGGUAGACGCGGUCCAAUCCAUUCACGAGGAGAUAUUUUAUCUACGCUCAAGGGAGCAUGAAAUGCAGAACCUGAAUAAGUCGACAAACUCGAAAAUGACAUUACUGAGUUUUCUGUCUCUAUUCAUAUCCAUGUCUGUGGCUGGGCUGCAGUUUUGGCAUUUGAAAUCAUUCUUUCAAAAGAAGAAGCUUAUUUAAUUUUAUAGUUUUUAAUUUUCACUAAUGAUGAACAAACAAUGUUCAACCUCGGGAACUACAGUCUUGAAUCUUGAUUUAAUACAACUACCGAGAAACGAUUUAAACGAUAACUUGGGGUCGAAUGAUUUAGAUUCGACAAGAAGUUUUGAUUUUGUUUGUUUUUA